ACGCAAGAUAGCAUAUAGCAAACCCCGAGAAGCCGCCCGCAAAUGGCGAUGGCUACCAAAAUCCCCGCCAGAAUGUCCCCGUCCCUCGUCGCCCGAUCUCUCUCCUCCGCGUCCUCCCUCGCCGAGAAGCUCCCGAAGGCUCCGUCGCCGGCACCCCUGGCCAUCGACCUCUCCGACACCCAGCGCCUCUUCGCCUCCGUCCCCACCGCCUCCCUCCUCCACUCUCUCGCCAACCUCUCGGCCAUGGCCGCCGGCCCGCUUGUCGACGUGGGCGUCGCGGCUUUGCGGGCCGCCUUGGCAUCGGAGGUGCAGAUCCUCCGGGCCGCCGCCAUCGGGGUGGCACGGGCGACGGUGCAUCGCCACUUCUGCGCCGGCGAGGGGUUCGAGGACGCGGGCCGCGCCGUCACGGAGAUGUGGGAGGAGCAGGGGCUGCGCUCGAUCCUGGACUACGGGAUGGAGGACGCUGAGGACAGCGCAGCUUGCGACCGCAACCUCGCCGGAUUCCUGCGGACGGUCGAGAUGGCGUCGUCGCUCCCGCCCUCCUCCGCAAGUGUAUGCGUAAAGAUCACAGCAAUUUGCCCCAUCUCGUUGCUGGAGAGAGUCAGCGAUCUGCUGAGGUGGGAGCAGCAAGACCCGACACUGCAACUUCCAUGGAAGACCAAUUCGAUUCCGGUUCUCUGCGACUCCAGCCCCCUUUACCUCACAUGUUCAGCGCCAGAUCCUCUAACUGAGAUGGAAGAGUGCGACCUCCAACUGGCCUCGCAGAGGCUGUCCAAGAUCUGCGAACGAUGCACAGAAGCCAACAUCCCGCUGCUGAUCGACGCAGAGUACACCUCGGUGCAGCCCGCGAUUGAUUACUUCACGUAUGCAGCAGCGGUGCAAUUCAAUCAUGGCGACUACCCUAUCGUCUUCGGAACGAUCCAGGCUUACCUGAGGGACUCCAAGAAGAGGAUGGUGAACGCCGUGCAAGCUGCGGAGCGCGAGGGGGUCUCUUUGGGUGUCAAACUAGUGAGAGGUGCAUAUAUAACAAGAGAGACCAAGUUGGCAUCAUCCUUGGGCGCGCCGUCGCCCAUUCAUCCGAGCAUCCAAGAAACACACCAUUGCUUUAACAGUUGCGCUUCCUUCAUGCUCGAAAAGGUCAGGAGGGGAUCCGGUGCAGUCGUGCUUGCCACCCACAACGUUCGAUCUGGACAAAUAGCUGCAGAAAAAGCAACGGAGUUGGGAAUUGGGAGGGUUGAUCGCAAACUCCAAUUCGCACAGCUGAUGGGGAUGGCAGAUGGACUCACAUAUGGACUAAGGAACGCGGGUUUCCAGGUGAGCAAGUACGUGCCAUUUGGGCCAGUGGAGCAGGUCAUGCCAUACCUGCUCAGGAGAGCCGAGGAGAACAGAGGACUCCUUUGCACCUCCACAGUCGAGAGACAGCUCAUAAGGAAGGAGAUCUUCAGAAGACUUGCCACUGCAGUUGCUUGGACGACUUAGCAUCACUCAAAUCAAGGGUUAGGGUGUUUAACAUGUGAUCGUAGGGAGCUUCAUUUAUUGCCGGAUCAAAAGGCAAAGAACAAGGCAAAAGGCAGCAACGAAACAUGUAAAGAAUUAGAACCUUAGGCUGGGGAUAACCAAAGUGCCCUGUACGGAACACUUCCCAAUCAAUCAAAAGCUCAUGUCGACAUUGACCUGACGCAAGGAUAACUCUCGAUCAUCACGAGUCAAGAUGGUGGCGUUCUUAUGGGUCAUCAAGUAGCAACACUCCAUGAGACCUGCAGAACUGGCCAUUAAAUCUCACAACUUUUGGUAGCAUGUUGCGACCAACAGGUCUCAUCAUCCCUCUGAAGCUUCUCGGAGAAACGGUUGCUCUGCGACUUCACUGCUGUACCAAAAGAAUCUGGGUUGGAUAUAUGUUUAAGCUUGCAGUGACAUCUCUGCAACUUGUAAUUGAUGAUGACAUUGUGCUGUCAACGUGUUAAACAAGAGAUUCCAGCUUCA